UAACUGGCUCUGAUGCAUUGUCCCACUGAGGCUUCCUUACAGGAAAUACUAACUGCGAGAAGGAGGGGCUGAAGCGCCGCUGAAGGUUAUUUACAAACCGGAGACUCGCUGAGAAGUGGAGUUUAACUCGACAAAAUAAAAGGGGGUUUGUUUUGUCAGGGUUAGCGCAUCCUAAGGAGAGGAAGAUGGGGAACACCAGCAGCGAGCGGCAGGGGGACCCCAAGUCCCAACGGAGGGACAGCAGGGGCGGGUACUCCAAAGACGGGGACCAGCCGAAGAUACUGAUGGACAGCCCAGAGGAUGCAGACAUCUUCCAUGCGGAGGGGCUGAAGGCUCCGUCAGAGAAGGAGGAGUAUCUCGCCUGGAAGCAUGAUCUGGAGGUGAGUGACAAAGCCCCGACUCACGACAGGCCCACGGUGUUUCGCUGGACUGGAGGCGGGAAGGAUGUAUUCCUAGCAGGGUCCUUCAAUAACUGGAACAACAAAAUCCCUCUCACCAAGAGUCAUAAUAACUUCGUAGCUAUCCUGGACCUGCCAGAAGGAGAGCACCAGUACAAGUUCUAUGUAGAUGGGCAGUGGACACAUGAUCCCUCCGAGCCAGUGGUGACCAACCAACUGGGAACAGUGAACAACGUGAUCCAGGUGAAGAAGACGGAUUUCGAAGUGUUUGACGCCCUGAUGGUCGACUCCCAGAAGUGUUCUGAUAUGUCGGACUUGUCGAGCUCUCCUCCCGGCCCGUACCUCCAGGACGCCUACAUCAGCAAACCAGACGAGCGCUUCAAGGCUCCUCCCAUCCUCCCUCCUCACCUGCUGCAGGUCAUCCUCAACAAGGACACGGGCAUCUCUUGUGAUCCUGCAUUGCUGCCUGAACCUAACCACGUGAUGCUAAAUCACCUGUAUGCCCUUUCCAUCAAGGACGGUGUGAUGGUUCUCAGUGCCACUCAUCGAUAUAAGAAGAAGUAUGUAACGACUCUGCUGUACAAACCUAUAUGAAUCCUGAAGUCCUGCCCCCCUUGACUGAUUUGAUCCAGAUGGAAACACACAGAGGGAUCAAGCUCUGCUUUUCAGCAUUUAGCCAACAUUCUUGCAUUCCAGUUUGGCGGCUGCUUUAAUUUUCAUCUUCCAAACCCCGCAGUCUGACUGAAGCAGGCAGCUGAUGCUACUCUGAAACUUACCACCAGAUCUCUGAAGUACCGACGAGGUCAAGACGCCAUGCCUGGAUCCUUUUCAAACUCUUUCCAUUCAAGUAUUCUCUUUCGUUCCAGGGAGGAAAAGACUGAUGCCAGUUUAAAACCCUUUUCUACAUAUCCUGUGGUGCUCAACAGCUUGAUCGAGUGCAUUAGACAUGCACAUGUGAUUAUUAUUGUAGUUUUGGCCAGUGUUCCGGUUGUAUUUUCUCUUGAAUUUUCUUAAGGAGGUAUAAUAAACACUCUCCAGUAGGACCAGCUUUAAAUGGACUUGGCUAUAUUAUAUCUGUAUAGACUGAUUUAAUCAUUGUUUUCCUUUAAGGGAGAGAAGAAAAAUUAAAAUUCCUUUGUUUAGACGACUGACUAACUUUUCACCUAAAUGUAAUUUGUUGUUAUGGUGAAGGAUAGUUUUACAGAUGUUUUAUUAAAAUGCACUAUAUAAACCAAAUAUGUUAUUAUACAUGUACAACUAGUUUAGUAAAAAAAAUCUAUGUAACAGCCAGUUAAUUAUGUGUUCCUGUUCUAAUGAAGUCGUUUUUCAACACUGCGUGCACAAUGCAAGUUUAAAAUGUAUAACUAAAAGGUGAGUAAACUGCACUUUAAAUUGA